AUGGAGGUCAACUCCACAGAAGCCAGCAGCAGCUCCCAGGGAGGCACCGGCUGUCUGGAUCUUACCCUUGUCACUUUCACUGAAACGGUGACUUACACAGAAGUGGUGGCAGAAGAGGAAUGGGGAUCCUUUUACUAUUCCUUUAAGACAGAGCAGCUGGUGACUCUUUGGAUUCUCUUUAUUGUCACAAUUGCUGGAAAUGCCAUCGUGCUCUUCUCUACCUGGAGGAGGAAGCGGAAAUCUCGAAUGACCUACUUUGUUACUCAGCUGGCAAUCACAGACUCAUUCACAGGACUCAUCAACAUAAUGACAGACAUCAUUUGGCGCUACACUGGAGAUUUUAUGGCCCCUGAUAUCAUUUGCAGGGUCGUUCGCUACUUCCAGGUGGUCCUUCUCUAUGCCUCAACUUACGUCCUCGUGUCACUAAGCAUAGACCGGUAUCAUGCCAUAGUUUACCCCAUGAAGUUCUUGCAAGGAGAAAGGCAGGCAAAAGUGCUUAUUGGAGUGGCCUGGAGCCUCGCCUUCCUCUUUUCCAUACCCACUCUGAUUAUUUUUGGGAAACGGCAGCUCUCCAAUGGGGAAGUGCAGUGCUGGGCUCUCUGGCCUGAUGACUCCUACUGGAUCCCCUACAUGACAGUUGUGGCAUUCCUGGUGUAUUUCAUUCCUCUGAUCAUUAUCAGCGUCAUAUACUCAAUUGUGAUUCGAACCAUCUGGAUGAAGAGCAAAGCUCAGGCUGUCAUCUUAUCCAGCUGUCCUGAUGGCAAAACCUCCCGUGGCUACACCAGUCGUGGGUUCAUAUCCAGGGCGAAGGUGAAGGCGAUCAAGUACAGCAUUGUAAUUAUCCUUGCAUUUAUUCUCUGUUGGAGCCCUUACUUUCUGUUUGAUAUCCUGGACAACUUCAACAUACUGCCUGAGACCAAAGAGCGCUUCUAUGCAUCUGUGAUUAUUCAGAACCUGCCAGCCUUGAACAGUGCCGUCAACCCCCUCAUCUACUGCUUCUUCAGCAACAGCCUCUGCCCCCCUUCUGAGGAAAGAAGAACUCAAAGGCUGGGGGGGACUUUCCGGGAAAGGAGCAAUGGAGGGCAGGAGAUGCAGGUCCUGUCGAAACCAGAAUACAUCUAG